GUUAAAUGACCAAGGACAUGAAUGGGUGCUGCAACCCACUCUGCCCAGCCUUCUGGUUGUCCUGAACUGAGUUCUCAUAGGCUCUGACAACUUUCUCCAAGCCUUACCUGAAUGAGCAGGCUAUUGCCCUGCUGGGUGGGGAAGUCCAGUGGACCUCCCUAAAGAGGUGAGCAUGUGGCACUUUCUUACUCCCUCAGUUCUCCGGAGAACUGAGGUCCCCAUGCCUGUGAACAAACCAUGUUUUUGUUUUUUAAUAAAUGGAGAGAAAACCUAUUUGGGGAGAUUGAAUUGAUGAAGCUAAACAGAAAUUUACAAAGCACUCACAUACACAUUUUAUCACCGGUGACUUCUUCCCUUGUUCCUGUUCUCAAAGAGUAGAAUUGUGUUUGGGGUAGGAGAAUAGUAAUGACAAUACUAAGAAUAACUGUCUCUAGUAGUGACAGUAGUACGAAUAACUGUCUCUAGUAAUGACAGUACUAGAAAGAAUUGUAUCCUCUUUAAAGGUAAAAUUAUUAGCUGGGCAUGAUGGCAAUUUCUUGUAGUCUCAGCAACUUGAGAGGCUGAGGUGGGAGGAUCAUUUGAGCCCAGGAGGUUGAGGCCAGCCUGGGCAACAUAGCAAGACCCAUCCCUAAAAAAUAAUUACCUUUCUAGGAGCAGUUUUCCUGGGCUGAGGAGAUAGGAUUCCAGAUAUGAGGGCAGCCAGCAUGGCUAGAAAUUAAGAGCAAAAUGUUAGAGAGCAGGGAAUUGAAGAAGAGUUACCCCCAAACCUACAUAGAAAUCCCCCUCUACUCUUUGGCUGACUCCUAAGACAUGAAUGCCCAGGUCAGUACUCCAAGAAACCCAGUCGAAAACAGCAACUGAAAAGCCAAAGAGCUGAUCAGAGAAUUUGGCAGCUCCCCAGUGCUGGGGGAACAGAGAUUUGAGAGGCCUUGGUAAAUGCCUUGGUCUUUCCAUUGGGACAACUGACUAGCAACCAAGAGAAACAAUAUACAAUAGAAACAGACCCACAGGUGAUUCAGAAAUUCGAGUGAUUGGAUAGGAAUUUUAAAAAGGUAACUAUAAUUAAUAUCUUCAAGAAAAAAGGGAAAGGAUGAGAACUUCAUCAAAAACAUGGAAUUCAUAAAAUAGAGUCAAAUGGAAACUCUAGAACCAAAAAACGCAAUGACUGAAAUGAAGAAUUCAGUUAAUAGAUUUAUAGCAGAUUAGAAGCAGAACAGAGAAUUAGUGAACUAGAAGACAAGUCAUUUGAAAGUAUCUGGAUAAAUAUGCAGGUAAAAAGAAUGAAAAAUACAGAAAAACAUCAUAAGAGAUGUGUGGGUUAUGGUGAAAGAUCUAACAAACGUGUAAUUGGAAUUACAGAAAGUGGUGGUGGGGGAGGAGAGAGAGAGAAAGAGACAGAGAGAGAGAGAAAGAAAAUAGGAAAGAUGGAAUAGGAAAGACAGAAUAGGAAAGAUGGAAUAGGAUGGAAUAGGAAAGAUGUUAAAGAAUUUCCUACUUCACUUGGGAGUCGCCCCAGGCCAGGGGGCGACACCGCGUCCCCUCCCUUAGCCUAGCCGCCACCCAGCUUUAGGGCCUAAGGGCAAAUCAAGCUCCCGGUCCUCCCGGCGCCGUGUGCGCGGCCCGCCCAGGCCCUUGGCCACAGUCGCCGCGGGGACAGGCCGCGAGCCACAGAGGCCUGGUGCGCGCCCCGCCCCUGAGCCCGCAGUAGGAGGGGCCUCAGCCCGUGAGCGGGGAGUCGUCCCCUUAGAGGGCCGCUGGGGCGGGGCAGGCCUUCCGGCCGAGGGCCACCCGGGCGGUCGAAUCCCUCAACUCCCAAGGGUGGCCCGGCGAGGGAAGGAGCCGAGUUCGGUUCCCUCAAAAUUAUAAAAGCAGGAAAACGCAAGACAAAGAAAUCCAACAAGGCUAGUGAUUUCAGCGAUAUGGAGAAUUGGCCAACGCCAAGUGAAUCAGCGAACACUGGAUUUCAGAGUGUCCUCGGCCAAGGAAAUAAAAAGCCACAAAAUAGAAAAGAAAAAGAAGAGAAGGUUGAAAAGAGAAGUAACAAUGAGAGCAAAGAAAAUCGGGAAACAAAGUUAAAUGGUCCUGGUGAAAAUGUCAGUGAGGAUGAGGCUCAGUCAAGUAAUCAACGAAAGAGAGCUAAUAAGCACAAGUGGGUACCACUCCACUUAGAUGAUGUAAGAUCAGAGAGUCAAGAAAGACCUGGAUCCCGGAACAGCUCAAGAAGUCAACCUGAAGCAAAUAAACCAACACAUAACAAUAGGAGAAAUGAUACACGAAAUUGGAGGCGAGACAGAGAAAAAAGAGAUGAUCAAGAUGAAGUUUCUAGUGUGAGAAGUGAGGGUGGUAAUAUCCGAGGUUCCUUUAAAGGUCGAGGAAGAGGCCGAGGACAGGGAAGAGGACAAGGCGGAGGAAAUCCCCGACUGAACUUUGACUAUUCAUAUGGUUAUCAAGAACAUGGUGAAAGGACUGAUCGACCAUUUCAAACAGGACUUAAUACCAGCAUGAUGUAUUACUGUGAUGAUGGUACACGUGUACAGGUGUAUCCUGUGGAAGAAGCAUUGCUUCAAGAGUAUAUUAAGCAUCAAAUUGAAUAUUACUUCAGUGUAGAAAAUUUGGAACGAGACUUCUUUCUUUGGGGAAAGAUGGAUGAACAAGGUUUCUUGCCUAUUUCCCUGAUUGCUGGUUUUCAGCGUGUUCAGGCUCUCACUACAAACCUUAAUCGCAUCAUAGAAGCACUGAAGGAUAGCACAGAAGUAGAAAUUGUGGAUGAGAAAAUGAGAAAAAAGAUAGAACCAGAAAAGUGGCCAGUUCCAGGCCCUCCUCCACGCAAUGUGCCACCAACAGACUUCUCUCAACUGAUUGAUUGUCCAGAGUUUGUACCAGGCCAAGCCUUUUGCUCAUAUACAGUCAGGGUGAUGAUCUUCUUAAGCUCUUGGAUGUCAUUUGAUCAGAAUACGCAGUGAAAUAGGUGACUCACUGAAAUGCCAUUAUAAAUACUGGAACAAAAAACUGCAGCCAUUAGAAAUCCUGCUGCAAAAAUGAAAGUGAUCAGACUGUCUUCUGUUCAAGAAUGUCUAUUCCCACCUCCUGGUGGAGGAAGUUGGGCCAACACUGCAGUGGAGAUAACCACCUUUGCGAUAAUGAGAGACAGACCAGAGGACUGCUACUCUUUUUAUAGGAGCUGCCUAUUUCUGUGUAAUUGGCCUGGGCUGCAUGGGCUGCUUUUAUUCAUGGUGGGAAAGUUAAUUGUUAUUAUUCUGGAAAUACCGCAAGAGUAGGUUUUCUGUUUCCAGGGUUAUGUACUUGUGUCCAGAUGAAUAAAGUAGAAAAAGGGGAUUGAGUAGCAUUUCCCAGAUUCUUAAGUACUUUGCUAUUUGAUUUGCCUUUCAGUGUCAUGUACAUUGCAAAACUCAGAUAUUGUCAUGAUGUUUCACUUGGACAUAAGACUUAUUAAUGUGGACACUUAAGGGGUAAGGAAUUUAAGAACUGGAUGAGGAUAUUUCUUCCUUUACUCUUCAAAAUGUAUUUUUGAUACAUCAGUAUGAGAGAACGUCCCAUCAACAAAGCAUCGAUAAUGGACAGUCUCACAGUAUUUUUAUCUUAUGCUUCUUUGUCAGGCUUCUGCUUCUAAUCCCAGUAAGCAAGUUGGACAGGCAUUUUAAAAGCUGAAGAAAAGUGACAUUAUUUUAGCUAAUGGUUUUUAAUUUAAUUUUUGUUAAGAUUGAUUAUAUCAGUUAGAUUUAUUUAUUGUAUCAACUUGGGUCCAAGAUGAUAGUUUUAGCCAGCUUGUGAACAGGCAUUGGGUAAGUUAGCUAAAAUAACAUAUACUUUCUCUACAGGGUAGGUAAGAUAGGUCAGUCAAGUUGGUAACCAUUUAUGCAUACUAAUCUGUCCAUUAACCGUCCAUUAACCAUUUAUGCAUACUAAUAAAAUUAUAAGAAUAAAAAAAAAGAAUUUCCCCAAACUGGCCAGUCGCAGUGGCUCACACCUGUAAUCCCAGCACUUUGGGAGGC